AUUAAUAACAACUAACUAACCAUCUCGGCCGUUCGCCCGUGACUUUGCAUUUGCAUCCCCGCCCAACCAAUCUUCCUCGUUCCGCCGCUCCCACUCCAGCGGCGCCGGCGGCGAGGCGAGGAUCUCCACAGCGGCCGCACCUACCAACGUCCAGGCCAUUUGCUUGUCCUGCAGGAGCAAUGGCUCUGUCUGCGCCUAUACGGAUUUCUCUCAUCGUCUCGUUCUUUGGGAUUCUGUCGUUCAUACUUGGUGUCAUCGCCGAAAACAAAAAGCCUGCUUCUGGAACUCCUAUCCCAGGAAAGGAUGUGGUCAUCUGCAAGUUUCCAAGUGAUCCAACUCUUGCAAUGGGAAGCCUGUCCAUUGUGGCACUUGUUGUAGCUGCCAUUGUAGGCCAUGUUGCUAUCUUUUUCCCAUACUCGGACAAGUCAGUUCCUCGCGGAGCACUGUUUCAAAGCACCAGCUUGACAGUGUUCUUUGUUGUUGCUGAGCUCGUCUCAGCCCUGGCUUUUGCAAUGUUGUUGUGGGCAACUAUCACUGAGGGACUUCACCGCAGCAAGAACAUCCACCACGACAUGAAUUACCAGUGCCCUACUGCAAAGACCGGCCUGUUUGGUGGUGCUGCUUUCCUUGCCCUUGACGCUGCUCUCUUCUGGCUUGUUUGCCAGAUGCUGGCCCUCAAUGCAAGGGCUGACUACCUGGACGAGGAUGACAACAAGGGCGAAUAUGGCCAGGUUUAUGCCGAUGAAGUCGAUGGCUCGAAGGUCUGAGCCUAUGCAGUCAUGCUUGUCAGGGUUUUAUGAUUAGUGUCACUUAACUAUAUUGUGUCAUCAACAAAGUCGCUUUAGCUCUCGUAAAUUUGUAUAUAAGUUGGAAAGUCUUGCAUAAGGCUGGUGGUUAUUCUGCAUUUUCAGGUUUCAGUGUGAUCAAUAAACAGUUUCUCAGUACAAUUGGUUUGCUACUUCCCUUGGUGAACUACUGAACCUAUCUUUGUGCUA